UCACAAAUAAUAGAACAUAAUUUUAGCGUAUUAAGAGAGAAUUACAUAUUGUAAAUGUGGUUAUCCUGCAGAUAUGUUUAUUGUACUUUGAAUUUUGUCAGAAAUGUGUUGUGUACUUAAUUUUACAUAAUGCCAAAGAAAGGAAAUACUCGCCCCAGGUACGUAUGCGAAAAUGUUCGGAGGAGUUCGAGGAGACCCAUCAACCAGCGAGACGUGCUGCGGGAAGAACCUCUGGCCAUGGGCGAGUGGAAGUUCGAGGAGCGGCUGCGGCUGCUGCACGCGAUGAAGAAGUACGGACACGACGACGUGGACAAGCUGAGCGCGGAGGUGCCGACGAGGACGGCCAACCAGAUCCGCACCUACAUCCGCUCGUGGCUGAAGCUGGCGCAGCGGGUGUGCAAGAGCAAGAAGGACAACGGCAGGCUGAAGAUCACCAAGCACGCCAAGCUGGUGGGGCGGAUCCCCCUGGAGCGCGACAUCAACCCCAACAACACCAGCAAGGCACCGCUGGACCAGUGGCUGGAGCUGAUCGAGGAGAACAUGCCCGCAUCGCUACGGGAGAGGUCUUUCCUGGUCGGCAAAGCUUUCAAGUACAUCUCCCUGUUCGAGAUCCAGCCACGGCCCGAGGAUUGUGAAGGAAUCAAUUUCAGGGCAGUGUAUGAAUUCAUGUACUGCAUGUUGAAUGGACUGCCUUACAAGAACAUGAACAAGGAAACAACGCAGUAUGUGCUGGACUUGAUCAAGGCGCUGGCGAGACAUGUUGCCAGCUCCGAAUACAAAGCGCACAUGGCGUUCUUGGAUACCGUUUGCCGGGUGAACUUGGGCAAAGAUAAUUGUCGAUGCUAUCAAGGGAAAAAAAUGUCAUCAAAAAGCGAGGCAGGGCUACGACCCAGACGACAGGAUAACGCCCCUCUUCGAGGAGCUGCUGGACGAGCCGGGCUUCAACCCGCUGGGGGUGCCCGCGGGGCUCCUGAAGCAGGCGCGGAGCGACGAGGUCGACCUGGACGAGAUGCUGGCGGAGCCGGUCGCCACCAAGACCCUCCAGGCGCUGGAGAGGGACCUGCAGCGCAAGGUCCGGAGGAUCUACAGCAAGCCCGUGCAGUGGUGGAGGGCGGAGGACCAGUAGUGAGGGCCUCGCGGGUCUGUCCACCGCACUGGCGGUAUUCUCGUUUCAUAAGCUAGCCUCUUGAAGCAAAUGGUGAACCGUGGAAUUCUCAACUUGCAUUUAUAAAGUACUGUUUUUAUUAUUUAGUUUGUUUUUUUUUCCACAUAAAAUUAGCUAAGAAUUAAAUUAUAUUUUGAAACAUUAAAAUGUUAAUUAAAUAAAUUUAAAGAGUGUAUUUAUAGGUUGCCCGAGGGAUUUUUUUCCAGAUAUUGUAUAGUUAAUACUGAAAGUGGUAACUAGGAAUAAAAUAAUAAGUUGGUUUCUUAUUUUUUCAUUUGAUGAGGUUCAUUGGCUUUUCUAAAGAUUUCGAUGUUAUUGGUACGGUAAAACCUCUGUUGUCCCGACCCCUCGUGGUUUCUGGGGAUAGGGUCGUGAUAAGCGUUUCAAACUGAUUGACCCACUCCCCGAACCCUGUAUGUCAAAAUAUGCUUUUUUUUUUUUUUUGCACCAAUUCCGUGUUCUUUCAUCUCUGGCACAAAAUUAACAAGUUUUCAUAAUUAAAUAUAAAUUUAUUUUUAUAGGAGACAAUUUCCAAAAAGAAAGAAUCUUUAGAAAAUGUACUACUGAGAAGGUUCCUGAAGAUGGUUCGUAAUAGUUAGGUAGUCGUUAACAGUGGGGUUUACUGUAUUAUUUUCAUUAAUGUUGGCUGUUUAUUUAUUCUCAGGUGCAAUAAACUACACGUAAGAAUUGAAAAUGUUUUGUUAAUAUUAUUUUCAUCAAAUUAUGUAUUUUUUUUUUUCUUUUAACAAAACUUAAACCGGCAAACAUUUACUAUGUGUUUAAAGUACUUCCCAGAGUUUGAAAUGUGGAGAUAAAGUAAUACAAUGUGAAUUGUAAAAAAAAAUUUAAAUAUUAGUUUUUACAAUCCACUUGACCCAAACUUCUUUUUAAUAAACGGUAUAACAAAAUUCAUACAGUAAUAGGAUUUUGGUUUUGUUUAAAGAAAAAAAUUUCAGUGCUUUGUAUAAAGUUAUUUUUAAAUUUUGCUUUUUUCCGAGAUUUGACUGGCAUUUCAGUGUCACACUGUUUAUUAACUUGCAUGGCAAAAAAAUUAGUGUUUAUGUGGUUUUGUGGCAAUUCACUUUAUCUUGCCCCUUAUUAUUGGAAAUGUGGCCUAUAUUGAUGUAUGAUUCUACUUAAGCACCAGAAGAGUACUGCUGAUAUAUUUCUUACCACAAUUGUGAAUAUGUAAAUAAACUGUCCAAGCAGAAAGUUUAUAUAGUUUUGUAUUUGAAUAUUAUUAAAGUUUGUCUGACAAGUUAAUAAUAAUAGACAAAUUUUAAUUCAUGUUAGGCCAUCAUCCUUUUGUAGGGAUAUUAAAUACUGCAUUUCAUGUAAGUUCUUGAGUUUCAACACAGUAUUUUACUGACAAAAUAGAAUUGAAACAUAAGUACUUCCUUCAGAUAAAUGUGGUAUCAGGAAAUCAGUAUUUGCUGGUUGUAUUUUGUGUUUGUGAUGAGUGCCAAUAAAUUGUCCUUAAAUAAUAAA